AUGGACAUCACUGAUAGACUCCUUACAUCGCAAGAACGGCAGAGGCUGAAGGAGGAGCUCCUAGCAACGAACGAUGAUUUCAUACGCCACAUCCCAAAGGUCGAACUGCACAUCCACAUCGAUGGAAUGGUCACACCAGAACUUCGAUGGAAACUAGCCCAAAGAAAUGGCUUACAAGUGCGCAUGGGAAACAACAAGCCCGUCAUCAAAUCUCUCGAUGACCUGAAGAGAGCUUACGCAUCCAUCAUCUCAACUUCCCAGCGUCGCCAAUAUGAACAUCUCGAUCCGUCUCUGAUCCCACCUACCUUCUUCGAAGCCUACUACUCUGGCCAUGAUGUCCUCCGAACGCGACAAGACUUUUAUGACGUCGCGAUGGCGUAUUUUCAUGGCGCUUCGGAGAUGAAUGUGCGGUAUUGUGAAGUGUUUUUUGACCCGCAGGCACAUACCAGCCGUGCUGUUUCUUGGGAAGAUAUGAUGGGAGGACUUCGUGAUGCCCAAAAUGAGGCCGCCAGGACGCUAAAUGUCAAAGCUGCUUGGAUUAUGUGCUUCCUCCGCGAUCAAUCUCCGGACUCUGCAAUGGAGCAUUAUGAAGCAGCACUCCCAUAUCGAGAUAUGAUUGUUGGCAUUGGCCUCGAUUCAAAUGAACACAAACGCCCUCCUGUUCUAUUCAAAGAAGUCUUCCAACAGGCUAAGAACGACGGUUUCAAAAUCACAGCGCAUUGCGACGUCGGUCAGGAAGACACUUAUCAGAAUAUCCACCAGCUCAUCUCACCAUCUGAGGGAAUUCUCACACCUCGUAUUGACCACGGCCUAAACGCAGCAGACAAACCAGAGCUUUUGGAGCUUAUCGUGAGCCAAGGCAUCGGCAUGACAAUCUGUCCCUGGGCUUAUCUGCGGCGCUUCAAUCUCGAGGAAAUUGGCCGUCGUAUGCGGACGUUGAUUGAUGCAGGUGUCAAGGUUUGCAUUUCUAGCGAUGAUCCUCCCUUUAUGGAGGGGGCAUGGAUCAUGCAUAAUAUGCUGCUCGCUAGACAAUUGUGUAGCUUGACUGAAGAGGAUAUUGUACAGAUAAUGAAAGAUGCGGUGGAGAUUUCUUGGGCAGAUCAAGACGUGAAGAUGGAAAUUUUAGCAGAGCUUGACGGAAAUUCAUACAGAUCCAGGAAUAAUGGAUAG